AUGGGUUCCAUUGGUAAUGGCCGAAGUGACUCGGUGGUCGGCAUCCAGAUGCCACCGGCGGGGGGCAAGAUGGUGCUGGAGCCUGAGGCUCUUCCGGUGACCACAUCUCCGGUGCCAAGAUGGCCACGGCUGGGCGUGGUUAUGGUGGCAACCCGAGCUGCAGCCAUGGUGAUGGCACUGCUCUCGAUGUUGCUAAUGGUCUCCUCCAAGCAGCGAGGCAUUCUCACCAUCUUUGGCAUCGAGAUCCCGCUCUAUGCCAAUUGGUCCUUUUCUUAUUCACUGCAAUUCUUGGUUGCGAUGUCUUCAGCUUCAGCUGCCUACUCGCUGGCACAACUCCUCUUGAUUGCACACAAGGUCAUGAAGAAAGCCCCCAUUGGUCCUUCUCUGGACGCCACGCAUGGCUGCUCUUUGCCGUGGAUCAGAUGUUCAACUUCGAGUUUAGACUAG